AUUCUUGAUAUAGAAACGAUAAUUAUAAUAUCGAACCAACGUGUAAUGAAAAAUCAUGACUCUAAUGGAUUAAAUCAAAGUGGGAUUAGAAGGAUAAAACAAUGUCUAACGAAAAACCACCGGUUUGCGUCACCGGAGCCAACGGAUUCAUCGGUUCAUGGGUGGUUCAGACGCUCCUCAAUCGUGGCUACACCACCAUCCACGUCGCUAUCUUCCCCGGUUCCGAUCCUUCUCACCUCUACUCUCUCGACGGCGCGUCUAACCCUGGCGUGAGAAUUUUGGUGCACGAAGUCAACAUCCUUGACGCCGAUGCGGUCUCCAGAGCAAUUGAAGGAUGCGGCGGUGGGGGAGUUUUCCACGUGGCGUCUCCGUGUACGCUGGAGGACCCUGUGGACCCGCAGAAGGAGCUGGUGGAGCCGGCCGUACAGGGUACGAUCAAUGUGCUCACAGCAGCGAAGAAGUUUAAUGUUCGGCGCGUGGUGCUCACUUCCUCCAUUUCCGCCAUGGUUCCUAAUCCUGGUUGGCCCAAAAAUAAGGUCUUCGAUGAGUCGUCGUGGACUGAUGUUGACUACUGCAAGUCUCGACAGAAAUGGUACCCAGUCUCAAAGACACUUGCUGAGAAGGCUGCAUGGGAAUUUGCUGAGAAGAAUGGAGUGGAUGUGGUAGCAAUUAAUCCAGCUACAUGUCUUGGACAACUUCUCCAACCUGGUCUGAAUGCAAGCUGCGCUGUUUUGCAACAACUGCUUCAGGGAUAUACAGAUACCCAAGAGCAUCAUUGGUUAGGGGCUGUGCACGUCAAAGAUGUGGCAGCGGCACAGAUUUUGUUAUUUGAGAGCCCUCAUGCUUCUGGGAGAUACCUAUGUACCAAUGGCAUUUACCAGUUUGGUGAUUUCGCUGACAGAGUCUCAAAACUUUCCCCUGAAUUCCCUGUCCACAGGUUCACAGGGGAGACCCAGCCAGGCUUGGUGGCUUGCAAAGAUGCUGCAAAAAAAUUGAUUGAUUUGGGACUAAUUCUCACACCAGUUGAAGAUGCUAUUAAGGAUACAGUGGAUAGCCUUGAAGCCAAAGGCUUCCUCAAUUAAUUAUCUUGAUCCCACUUGCUUUUGGAAAUUCACAUGAUCCUCUUUUUGCUUACAUGGAUUCAUAAUAAACCAUUAAAUGAAUAAUUUAUUAGUAUCUGUCUUUUUGGGUAAUUUAAUUCAUUUAUUAGAAA